AUGCCAGGCGAUCGAUGCUCGAAUUGCAUAGCGUAUAACUUUGAGUGUACUUACAUCCAGGCUGCAAAGAAGCGAGGUCCUCCUAAAGGGUAUGUCGAAAGCCUCGAAAACCGCCUCGAGAAGAUGGAGAAAUUGCUGCAGAAGGUACAGACAACGACCGCCGUCUGCCCAGACGCAGAUUUCACUCAGGAGCUCGGGGGCGGUCACAUCGAUAGGGAGAAAUGGGCCAAGGCUGGCCAGGGUGCGUCUACGAUGACAGCUAGCCAUAUUAUGGGCGCUCCUUCCACCUCGACGGUCACAAACGCCGCCACUCCCGCGGAAGAUCUGGACCCCAGCGACGACGAGGAAUUGAUUCAGCUCCGCUUGACGGAGAGUAUUCGAAAAAUGGCCAUUAACCCAUUGCACUACCGGUUCUUUGGCAAGUCGAGUGGGUUCAUGCUCAUCAAGAAGGCGAUCGAUCUCAAGAAAGAGUACACCGGCGAUGAAGAUUCCAAGGAGAAGUUCUGGGUGCGGAAACGCCCCGAGUUUAAUAGUUCUUUUCCGUGGGAGCUGGCUGGUAAGGAUAUAGUGGAUCCGAAUUAUGUGUUUCCGGACGAUGAUUUGGGGCUGGCGUUGGUGGACCUCUAUUUCACCCAUAUCAACUUGCUGUAUCCUUUCUUGCACCGACCGAGUUUCGAGCGUAGCGUCGCGGAAGGUCUCCACCUGCGUGACUCCUCCUUCGGUGCCGUCUAUCUGGUGGUCUGUGCGGUAGGCUCACGCUGGUCAGAUGACCCGCGAGUUUUCCUGGAAGGUACUACUUCUGAACAUUCAUGCGGUUGGAAAUAUUUUGAGCAAGUUCAGAUGGUCAGGAAAACGCUCCUUGGCCCGCCUUGCUUGUUUGAUCUACAGGUGUACUGCCUAUCUGUCAUUUUCUUGCAAGGUUCUUCUGCCCCGCAGGCUUGCUGGACUAUAGUUGGGAUAGGAGUGCGUCUGGCUCAGGAUGUAGGCGCUCAUAGGCGUUCGGUAUAUAACCCAAAACCGACGAUGGAGGAUGAACUGUGGAAGCGCGCAUUCUGGGUUCUCGUUAGUCUGGACAGAACAAUCAGUUCUACGUUGGGUCGACCGUGUGCUAUUCAAGAUGAGGACAUCGAUCUCGAGCUGCCUAUAGAGUGCGACGACGAGUAUUGGGAGACAUCCGAUCCUGAAAAGGCAUUUAAACAACCACCAGACAAGCCAUCGGUAGUCUCGUGUUUCGUCAACCUGUUGAAGCUCCAUCAAAUUCUCGCCUUCGCUUUGCGAACGAUUUAUUCUAUCAAUAAGUCUAAGGUCCUCCUUGGUUUUGUAGGGCAGCAAUGGGAGCAGCAUAUUGUUGCUGAGCUUGACUCUGCCUUGAAUAAAUGGAUCGAUGCAGUCCCAGAUCAUCUCAGAUGGGAUCCAAACCGUGAAGACGAUCGUUUCUUCAUGCAGUCUGCGUGCCUCUACUCCAUGUACUACCACCUUCAGAUCCUCAUUCACCGGCCCUUCAUUCCCUCCCCUCGCAAACCCUCCCCACUAUCCUUCCCUUCCCUGGCUAUCUGCACGAACGCUGCACGGUCGUGUAGUCAUGUGAUUGAUAUACUACGCAAACGAUCUGGGGUUGCGAUUCCUUAUGUACAGAUAUCCGCUUUUACUGCAGGUAUCGUGCUUCUUCUCAAUAUUUGGGGCGGUAAACGGUCUGGUCUUGCUACGUAUCCGAAAAAGGAGAUGUCCGACGUGCACAAGUGUAUGCAAGUGUUGCGAGUUUGCGAACGACGAUGGCAUUCGGCUGGUCGUCUGUGGGACGUACUCUAUGAACUUGCUUCCGUCGGAGACCUUCCUCUCCCACAACCAAGCCCCACCGGCGGCAAUAAACGCGAACGUGAUUCUGAUAGUCCUAUAUCCGCUGCUCCCUCUAGCUCGAGUUCCGCGGCUGUCGUCCCAGAGGUUCCUCGAAAUAUCGCAGGCUCGCGCCGCGUAUCCCAUGAUAUUCAGCCGCCACAGCCCCAGCAGCAGCAACAACAACAACAUCAACAGCAGCUGCAGCAGCCACCGACGCCGAACCCAGCAGCUUUAUUUAACUUGCCCGUGUAUAGUGAUGACCUCGGCCGGCUGCCUCUCCAUGGUCAAGUGGACUUUGCCAGUCCGAGCGGGGCGGCGUCUCUCGAUGCGUCGGCGGGUAUGUGGUUCCCCAUGGGUGCGGCUUCUGCGCCUACUCAUCCUAGUGUGUCGCCGGAUGUAUUGACGAAUGCUGGGUUGGGACCAUAUCGUGAUGUAUCAGCGCCGACGUACACGAUGGAUGAGCUGUUCUAUGAUCAGAUGGCGAACCAGUUUGCUUCCCCAUUUUCGUCUGCGGCAACGGACCAGUUUGGAGGACCUGGGCCAUCUAUGCAGGCAUUGAUGGGUGGUACCAACCCUGCGGCACAGCAACAUGUGGGGAUGUUAGGGCAUGCAGGUGUGCAUGCUACUAACUCGGUUAUGGAUGAUGAUACGAUGGCGAUGUGGUCGAAUGCGCCUACUGGCUUUGAGUUGGAUGACUGGGGAACGUAUAUAACGAGCGUGUCUGGUUUGGUGCAUCACGAUGGGGCUGGUAGGCAGGAUGUAAGCGAGCACCAACAUUGA